AUGGCGGUCAAGGCCAAGCUCCCCAAGAUCUACAACACCUACUUCGUGGCGUUCAUUGCCACGGUGGGAGGGAUGUUGUUCGGUUUCGACAUCAGUUCCAUGAGCGCCAUCAUCGGGACGGAGCAAUACAAUGCCUAUUUCAACAAGCCAGCCGGUGUCACCCAGGGCGCCAUUGGCUCUGCGCUUGCGGCCGGGUCAGUGGUGGGCUCUAUCAUUGCCGGUCCAGUGUCCAACAAGAUAGGAAGACGAGACUCGAUCAUGUUCGCCUGUCUAUGGUGGCUGGUUGGGACUGCUGUUCAGACGUCCACCAACGGCAUCGGCUCUUUGAUUGCGGGCCGCGUCUUGAACGGCGUGUGUGUCGGCAUCACCAGCUCCCAAGUACCCGUUUAUCUGGCAGAGAUCUCUCGCAAGGAGAAACGUGGUGCUGUGAUCAUCAUCCAGCAACUGGCCAUUGAAUGGGGUAUCUUGAUCAUGUACUUCAUCGGCUAUGGCUGCAGCUUCAUCGCUGGACCGGCUUCCUUCCGUACCGCCUGGGGCAUCCAAUUCGUCCCAUGUGUCUUCCUCAUGUGUGGACUGCCCUUCCUCCCCCGAUCGCCCCGAUGGCUGGCCAAGGUCGACCGCGUCGACGAAGCCAUUUAUAUUCUUGCAAAGAUCCAGGCCAAGGGCAACGUGAACGAUCCUCUUGUGGUUGCAGAGUGGGAAGAUAUCAUCACCACCCUUGCCGCCGAACGAGCCGCCGCCACCGGCUGGCGCAAGUUCGUCGCCAAUGGCAUGUGGAAGAGGACUCUGGCUGGCUUUACGGUCCAAAUGUGGCAGCAAAAUUCAGGAGCGAACGUGAUGACUUAUUAUGUGGUCUACAUCUUCAUGAUGGCGGGACUUUCAGGCAACAUCAACCUCAUCGCGUCUGGGGUGCAAUAUGCUCUGUUCAUUAUAUUCACGACCGUCAUGUUUUUCUACAUUGACAGAACCGGACGACGACCCCUUCUGAUCUACGGUGCCUUGGCCAUGGGUGCAUGCCACUUCGUCGUUGGGGGCAUCUUGUCCGCGGGAGAGAGUGUUCCCGGCGGUGUGGGCGGUAACCCCAACGUCUUGAUCAAGGUAUCCGGGGCCAAGGCCAACACAGUCAUCGCCUUUUCGUAUCUCCUAAUCAUCAUCUAUGCCAUGACUUUGGCCCCCGUGGCAUGGAUCUAUGCGGCCGAAGUCUGGAGUCUGGAGACCCGUGCCACUGGCAUGGGCAUCUCUGCGCUGGGCAACUGGCUGUUCAACUUCGCUCUGGGUCUGUAUAUCCCGCCAGGAUUCCAGAACAUCAAGUGGGGCAUGUUUAUUGUCUUCGGGUGCAUGUGUGUGCUCGGUGCCGCUCAAGUCUACCUGACGUACCCGGAAACGUGCAACAAGUCCCUGGAGGAGAUUGAGGAAAUGUUCUCUCCUCGCGGCCCGAAACCUUGGCACACCAAGCCUGGCGGUUCCAGACUAGACGCGUUGGUUGAUGUUGCCCGUGAGAAGCAUUACACUGUCGAGGAUGUCCGACAAAAGUCGGUUUCGGGUGAGACUGGUACUCAUGUCGAGAUUGCCGGGGACAAUGAGAAGGCGGCUCAGCAACUUGCCCAACAGUAUGAGAAUGCUGUCAAUACGCACGAAUGA